UGUGCGUACGUUUUUAAUAGAAGCUUCAUAAUGUAUGAUUAUUCAAUGUUGUCAGGGCGCGUGAAGGAAGAGUUGUCUUGUGUUUUGUGGAGUACAGCAAGUCAAUGACAGCGCAUGCGUGAGAGAUGGGGUCGUGACGUGCCCCUGACACGUGGUAUUGACCUGUGAUGAAUCUUCGCGCGCGUUGUGCCAACGCCGGAGUCAUAAACGGUUGGUGCAGUCGAUGUGUCCUCACUGCACUGCUGCGUGAGUCAAGAUCCCAGGUAACAUCCUCCACACCAGUCAGUGAACACAGUCUGGCCAAGCAUCCCCCCAGCCUGUAUACUAUCCUCCUGAAAUACUGAGCAUCAGACAUCCUCCGCCAACAGAGUCAUCAGCAAUACACUGACUCGCUAACUGCUGUUAGACGAUAACAGCGAUAACAGCGGAGCGGCAAAGAAAGACCUAAGGACGAUGUCGCACAAAAUACAAGCGAUAUCUUUCAUUCUGAUCCUGGUUCUCAUCUUCGUCAUCAACUUUUAUCGUCAAGUAAACUCAAUUAUUGGACACACAGAUGACGAGAGAAUGUAUCAAAAGACAGGUGCGAGAAAUAAAGUCCCAGAGGACUCCAGGCUGCUAUCUGUAGCCUCCAUGGAAACCCGGGACAUGAAAUCAGACAAUAACAAUGUCCUCAUGUCACGUGAUGAGAAAGGAUGGAGGAAGUUGAACUGCGCGCCGUCAAAACACUUCCGCCCGAUUAAUUUUCCGACAGAAAUCGGAAACCUGACUUUUUACGGCUUUAUGUCCGCGGAGUACGACAGAACUGUCACCGCAAAGGCGCUAAACGGUUCUAUAUUUGAGAAGAAAGAAAUCGAGAGUUUUCUAACUCUGUCACGUGACUUGCCCCUCAUCGACGUGGGCGCCAAUGUGGGGCUGGUGGCGCUGCAAGCCGCUCUCCAGAAGAGGACCGUGGUGGCCAUCGAGCCCAUCGCCGCCAACGCGCUCCGCCUUUGUCGAUCUGUUCUCGACUUCGGACACGCCGGCCUGGUGCACGUCAUCCAGAACGCCGUGUCGUCACGCGAGGGACACGUCACUCUGGCCACUCAGGCCGCCAACACCAGCACACUGUUCACGGUCAACGAAGCAGGCAGACAGUUCACACACGACCUGACCCUGGCCUACGCCAUCAAACUGGAUCGCAUCUUGGAGAUGUUACCCUUCCGACGGGCAGCACUCAAGAUAGACGUGGAGAGUCACGAGGGCCACGUGCUGGCGGGGUCACGUGAUCUGUUGAAGACGCUGGACGUGCCGCUGGUGUGGAUGGAGUGGGAGCACGUCAAGGGCCGCGCGACCUUUGGGGGUCAGUUUGUCGUCGACUUCAUGACUGCCCGCAACUUCCGCCCGCACCACGUCAUCUCCGGGGAACUUCUGGAAGGCGACUUCAUGUCCUGGCCCUUCACCGUGCUGUGGCGCCGAUGAGCUUCUGAUCCUGUUGGAGCUGCUGCCCUUGUUAAAAUAACAAUAAACGUAUAUUUUUAUUGUUCUCGUGUAAAUGUCACAAGAUUUGCGAAAAUGGCCACCCGGACUUUACCAUUGUUUGUAAGUUUCAAAAUACUGGAUGUUCUAAAUUUGACCAGUUGUAUGAAGUUGGAGAAAAUUGCUAUAUUUAUCUCAAUAAAAUUUGCUCUCAUUG